CCCCAGAUGCGACCAACUCCGGCGGAGAAAACUCGACAGAAUCAGACGUCUGGUCCACCACCACCACCGGCGAAGACGACAGCGAGGCAGGGAUCUCUUUCUCAAAGCUCUUCAUGAGAGCGAAUCCAAAUCGCAAAUCGUUGUGCACAGAUACGAGUCAUCGAGAUUGCACAAGAGAUUGUUCUUAAGUUUCUUCACCUAAGAGACACAGAGAGAGAACUAGAGAGAGAGAGAGAGAGAGAGAGAGAGAAUGAGCGGGCAAGGGAAGACAGUAUGCGUGACGGGAGCGUCAGGGUACAUAGCUUCAUGGCUGGUUAAGUUGUUGCUCCAACGUGAUUACACUGUCCGAGCCUCUGUUCGCGACCCUUCUAAUCCGAGGAAGACGGAACACUUACUUGCACUGGAUGGAGCUAAGGAGAGACUUCACUUGUUUAAAGGAAAUCUACUGGAAGAAGGUUCCUUUGAUUCUGUGGUUGAUGGGUGCGACGGUGUUUUUCAUACAGCAUCUCCAUGUUUUAUUACAACUUCUGAUCCACAGGCAGAAUUGAUUGAUCCAGCAUUAAAAGGAACAAUAAAUGUUCUUGGAUCAUGUGCCAAAAGCCCAACUGUCAAAAGAGUGGUUUUGACAUCGUCUAUGGCUGCAGUUGAAUGCACUAGUAGGCCUCGAGCUCCUGAUGAGAUAAUUGAUGAGACGUGGUUUUCCGAUCCAGAGUUCUGCAAGGAAAAUAAGCUUUGGUAUCACCUUUCAAAGACUCUAGCAGAGGAUGCUGGCUGGAAGUUUUCAAAAGAGAAAGGUAUUGACAUGGUUGUAAUAAACCCAUCAGUGGUUGUUGGUCCUCUGUUACAACCGACGCUUAAUUCAAGUGCUGCUGCUAUCUUGGAAUUAAUAAAUGGUUCACAAACAUAUCCAAAUGCUUCCUAUGGAUGGAUUAAUGUUAAAGAUGUUGCAAAUGCACACAUUCAAGCAUAUGAAAUUCCUUCAGCCAGCGGAAGAUAUUGUUUGGUGGAGAGAAUGGCACACUUCUCUGAAGUUGUGAAAAUUCUACAUGAGCUUUAUCCUUCUUUUCAACUUCCAGAAAAGGCUGCGGAUGACAAACCAUUUAUACCGGCAAAACCAGUAUCCAAGGAAAAAGCAAAAACAUUGGGCAUCGACUUCAUUUCUCUCGAGGAGGGCCUCAAGGAAACCGUUGAAAGCUUGACAGAGAAGAAAUUUGUUGGGAUGUGAUCCAUUGUAGCUAUAUGGAGGAUUUUGGAAAAACAUGUGAUGGUGAGCCAUAGAGUGUUGACAUAUUAACUUGUCAGUAGAACUAAAAUAAAAGAAACAAUAAAAUAAAAAUAAAAAUAAAAAUAAAAUGUUGGUGUAUUGGCUUUUAUGAUUUUAUGUCUGUCAUGUCUUGUCAUGGUAACUUUGUGAAUGAUUUUUAAAAAAAUGAUGGCGAGCAAUACUUUGUUGUGGUUGGCUGGUGUGGCUUUUAGAACUUUAUUAAAUUAUGUUAUCAAUCCUAAAA